AACGGCCUCAGGUUUAGGACCGCAACGUUAUGAACGGCCAAGCGAACGGUGACGCGACGCACACUGUCGACCCUAGCAGGGAACGGCUACAAAUCAUCAACGACGAGAAGCAAUUUACACAAGACCUCACGAAGCAGAUUGAACGCUGGGGUCUACGAGAUGCUGGCUUCAACUACAACAUCGUUUCCGUAUUCGGUUCCCAGUCUACGGGAAAAAGUACAUUACUGAAUGGCCUUUUUGGUACCACUUUUGACGUCAUGGACGAGACGCGGCGGCAGCAGACGACGAAAGGUGUUUGGAUGUGCAAGGCCCAGGACAUGAACGUCAUGGUUAUGGAUGUCGAGGGCACGGACGGGCGUGAGCGUGGCGAAGACCAGGACUUCGAACGCAAGUCCGCCCUCUUUGCCCUCGCAUCAUCCGAAGUCCUCAUCAUCAACCUGUGGGAGCACCAAGUCGGCCUGUACCAAGGCGCGAACAUGGCAUUGCUCAAGACGGUCUUCGAAGUUAACCUCGGUCUGUUUGGAAAGAAGACGGGCGGCGUCGAGCAGCGCACGCUGCUCCUCUUCGUCAUUCGCGACCACAUCGGCACCACCCCGCUCGCCAAUCUGAGUGCAACGCUAUCGCAGGACCUACACCGUAUCUGGGACGGCCUGUCCAAGCCCGAGGGGCUGAAGGAUUGUCAGCUGGAAGACUUCUUCGAUCUCGCCUUCACAGGGCUGCCGCACAAGAUCCUCGUACCGGAGAAGUUCCAGGCAGAGGUGAACGGACUGAGGAGGCGGUUCGUGGAGAAGGAGAAAGAGGAUUAUCUCUUCAAGCCAGCGUACCAUAAGCGCAUACCGGCUGACGGUGUCGCGUUCUACAUGGAAAACAUAUGGGAACAAGUGCAGAGCAACAAGGACCUUGAUCUACCAACUCAACAAGAACUGCUUGCCCAGUUCCGGUGCGAUGAGAUUUCUGCGGGUGCGCUGGUGGAGUUCAACGAGCAGGCGAAGUCUCAGAGACGGCCCAUCGAGAGCGGCAAGGUUAUCGAGGGCCUCGGGAAGAUGAUGCGCAGCUGGAGGGCCCAAGCUCUCGAUCGGUACGAUCGCGACGCUUCGCGCUACCACCAAGGCGUAUAUAAGCGCAAGCGCGCCGACCUCAUCUCUACCAUGGACGCGACUCUGUCGCCCCUGUUCCUCGGCCAGCUGAAGAACCUUCACAAAGCCUGCCUCUCAACCUUCAAGCGUGCUGUGCUCGACGGCCUGAAGGGCGAUGACUACAGCUUUACGGACGUCGUGGGUCAAGCGCGCGCGAAGUGCGAGGGUGCGUUCGAGCAGGGCGCGAAGGAGGCGGUCGUGGAGGAAGACACAAGCGAGUGGAACUGGGAGGAGGAACUCACGCUCCUGAAGGAAGAGAUCGGCAACGUGGCGGAUCAAUGCAGGAAGGACGAGACGAAGAAGAUGGUCAACAUGAUCGAGCGGAACUUCAAGAAGCAGAUAUCGGAACCGGUUGAUCUAUAUCUCAACCAAGCAACGCCGGACAUGUGGGACAAGAUCCUGCGCGCCUUCAGGGAAACACUCGACAAGGCCGAGGCCACGUACAUGACCAAGGCAAAGAGCUUCAACUGCACCGACGAAGAGAACGAGGCGUUCCUUGCCGAUCUGCGCAAGCGUGCAUGGCUUGCCCUCCGUGCAAAAAUCGACGAGCAGACGGCUGACGCUGCCUUCCUUGGCAAGCUCCGUGCGUAUUUCGAGGAGCGCUUCAGGUACGACGAACAUGGCGUGCCUCGGGUCUGGCGCCCCGAUGACGAUAUCGAGGGUAUCUUUAAGAAGGCGAAAGAUCAGACUCUCGACCUCAUCCCUUUGUACUCGAAAAUAGCCCCCGUCGAUCCCUCGCUCGCAUACACGCUGCCCUCGAGCUCUUCCGAUACCCUCACCUCCUCCGACGAGUUCGACUUCCCUGCUACCUUAAUCGUGUUCUCCGAGGUUAAGGCGGUCGACAUCACGAACCGCUUCCGACGAGACGCAGACGCGUACUUUGUCGAGGCGAAACGAAGCACGGUUUCCAGCGUCGCGCAGAUCCCCGUGUGGAUGUACGGCGUGCUUAUUGUCCUCGGCUGGAACGAGGCCAUGGUUGUGCUCUUCAACCCCCUCUAUUUCGCCAUGCUUCUGUUGCUGUUGGCGUCAGCAUGGACAAUCCUGAAGCUGGGCUUAGUAGGACCCCUACUCCAGGUGACGCAGACUGUCGGUGGGGAGGUAAAUCGGCAGGUGCAGAACCGCUUGCGGGAACACUUCUCGCAACCGGUGCUCACGGAGCCCGUACGUACGCGUCCACUGGAGGAUGCCAUGGAAGACGACGGCGUGGCAAAGGAAGUGAGGAGGAGGAGGGCGGAACCGUUGUAGUUCUCCGGGAGAUAUGGUCGUAGGAAGGAUGAUUUGGUUAGACGACUCUCUUCAUGCACAUGAUAUCGCC